UUCAUUAGAGUUUUGGACCCACAAAGGCGACAAAGGUAAAAGAUUUGCCCAACGACAGCUAAUUUCUUGUUACAAUACCCAAUCAUCUCAUAUAACAGACAUGAAGCCAAAGUCAAAAUUAUCCUUUGACGUAACUUUUUUCCUUGCAGACCAUUAUGAACAGAUCAACCGUUGACCAAGCUAAUUGCACCAAAUCAAGGGCUCAGAUUUCUCUCAAAGCAUUCAACUUUGAUAAAACCCUAGGUAUAUAAAGAACUAUGGGGGCAGGUAGAGUAGAAGAAGAUGAUGAGGUUUGCACAGCCAAGCAAAACAACAAAAGAGGCACUUUCUAAGAUCUCACAGAAGCAAUUAAAAUAAAGAGGGGUGAAGAGGAAGAGCACUGACCUGAUACUGACGAAUUCCAACUUCCAUGAAACUCCCAGACCUGCAAAACCAGUCAUGUUCUGCUCCAUCCAGAAAUUCCUUUUCCAACCAUCAAAAACACAAAGAAAAGAGACAAAAGACAGCAAGGGAGAAGAAAAGAACAAGGCAGAAGAAAAGCUCUCACCUUGCUUGGGAUGCUUGAAUGGUCCUUGCCUUGGGCAUGAGCACACCAAUUCAAAGCACAGAGUUGCCGCCAUAAACGUCACGAGCGCCAGAGCUGCCCGUUCUGAUUUUGCCAAGUUCACCACUUCUACCCUCUUCUCCAAUUCUCAUUUCACCAACCAUGAAUCCAUCCCUUCCUUGCUGGAUUCCUUCUUCCACUUUGCCGAAGCCUUUCCACUGUAUCAUGAAACCCAGCUGGCUGAUGAUAUCAGAGAGAGCGAGUACGGCCACCUCGCCGAUCAUGUAUGUCUGGAUUAUAGUGGAGUUAACCUCUUCUCUCAUGCGCAGAUGAAUCAGUCGAUUGCAACGUCGUCUUCCUCCCCUCCGCCGCCGUCAGCCUGGCGGCCUCCAUUUUUCAGUAUCUCGUAUAAGUCUGCAAGCCUCAAAUCUGAGGUGAAGUAUGGGGAGAAAGAUAGCGGCUUUGAAUUUGCCAUCAGGAAGAGAAUUAUGAGUUUUCUAAAAAUAUCAGGGGAAGAUUAUGGCAUAGUUUGUACUGCCAAUAGAACAGCUGCUUUCAGGUUGCUGGGAGAAACUUAUCCAUUCCAAUCCAAUAAGAGGCUGCUAACAGUUUAUGAUUAUGAAAGCGAAGCAGUGAGUGCAAUGGUGGAGAGUGCUGAGAAGAGAGGAGCAAAGGUCAUGUCUGCAAGCUUUUCCUGGCCUGGCAUGAGGAUUCAGACUGCAAAGAUGAAGAAGAUGUUGAGCAAGAGAAAGAAAGAAAAGAAGAGAGGUUCGCUAGUCUUUCCACACAUGUCCAGGAUGACUGGAGUAAGGUAUCCUUAUUUGUGGAUGAAACUGGCAAGGGAGAAUGGCUGGCAUGUAAUCCUUGAUGCUUGUACAUUAGGGCCAAAGGAUAUGGACACACUGGGAAUCACAUUGAUUCAACCAGACUUCAUCAUUUGCUCCUUCUUCAAGGUGUUUGGGGAGAACCCAGCUGGGUUCGCAGCUCUGUUCAUCAAGAAAUCCAGCAAAGAAGUAUUACAGACAUCCAUUUUGGCAAGAAGCAUUGGGAUGGUAAGCAUUGUCAGGGCAGGAAAGCUGUCUGACUUACCCGAGGAGGAGGUGGAUACUACAAGUUCUUUUUCUGGUCCGAUUCCCUCCAACUCAAAACAGAAGCAAUCAGAGAUAUAUGAGGAAGGUGAGACAUCUGAGCCUGGUGGACCUCCAGUCAGUACAGAAGCAGAAGAAGAAGAUAAAGAACAACAAGAAGCUUAUGAAGGUAAAGAAGAGAAAGAAGAAGAGGAGGAAGAGGAGCUGUCAUCAGAAAUUGUAGAAGUACUGAGAAAGUCUACCAAACACAACAGUGAGGAGAUAGAAAACCAAGUGGAGGUUGAAUUCAAUGGCUUAGAUCAUGCAGAUUCUCUUGGUCUUCGAGUUAUACAUAACAGACUUAGAUGCAUAACCAAUUGGCUAGUAAUUGCACUGACGAAGUUGCAGCAUCCUCACUCUGAAAAUGGUAAUUCAUUGGUAAAGAUUUACGGGCCACGAGUAAAAUUUGACAGAGGACCUGCAUUGGCAUUCAAUGUGUUCGACUGGAAAGGAGAGAAGAUUAAUCCUGUGCUUGUUCAGAAGCUGGCAGAUAGAAGUAACAUUUCACUAAGCUGCGGAUUCCUUCAAAAAAUCGAAUUUUUAGAAAAAUAUGAACAUUUGAAGGAUACAGUUCUAGAGGAAAGAGUCCUUGAGAACACAAUAGUUUCAGAUAAUAAAAAGAAAGAGGAUCAUAAUCUGGGGAUAGCCGUUGUAAAUGCUUCAUUUGGUUACCUGGCUAAUUUUGAAGAUGCUUACAGGCUCUGGGCUUUUGUUGCCAAGUUUCUGGAUGCUGAUUUUGUUGAGAAGGAGAGAUGGAGAUACGUGGCUCUUAACCAGAAAAUGAUUGAAUUGUAGACUGAGGAAUGACCAAGAAUCCAUUAUUUUACUGCUCCUCCUUUUCAAACUUUGCAGAUGGGGGACAAUAUGGGAGCAUUCAAAUUUCCUAUUCAUUCAUUCUUUGUAAAUGAUGUGCAAUGUUGCAGAAGUCAAUUGAACGAUUUAAACUUCAAUAUUUUUUUUUGAAAUCAUUAAAGAUACUAGCUGAGAGUAGUAACAAAUGUCAAACAAUUUAUGUCAUGCAAUUGUUUCAUAUAUUUUACUUCUUUA